AGUUACAACGGAGACAAACACACGUUGUACCACAACAUUACAAAUCAAAACAUUUAUCGCCCGCUACUAUGAUUCGUCACCUUCUUCGUGAGUCUCUACCAUGCCCUCUACUUUAGGUUAAGCUGAAACGACUUUUCCCUUGACCAAUAACAAAAACGACUUUUCCACACUCUUGAGUACACCAUAAAUUGUCUUAGUUUCUUACAAACUCAACUACCUAAAUCAAAGCCAACAAAAAUAAAAAAUCUUCACCAUGUUCUUCAAGCUCUUCACCAUCUUCUUCUUAAGCUUCUUCUGGCAAUCCAUAAAGUCCUCUUCCAAAAUUCUCGACUUCGCUUAUAAUGGCUUCCACCCUCCACUGACUAACGUAUCCGUCCAAGGAAUUGCCACUAUCACACCUAAUGGUCUCUUGAAGCUAACUAACACAACCAUGCAGAGUACCGGUCACGCCUUCUUUACCAAAGCAAUCCGGUUCAAAGAUUCUCCAAACGGUACCGUCUCGUCUUUUUCCACUACCUUUGUCUUCGCUAUUCACACUCAGAUCCCCAUUGCACACGGCAUGGCCUUUGUCGUUGCUCCUAACCCUAGCCUCCCAUUCGCCAGCCCCUUACAGUACCUCGGUCUCUUCAAUGUAACAAACAACGGUAACGAUAGGAACCAUGUAUUCGCUGUCGAGUUAGACACGAUUAUGAAUAUCGAGUUCAACGAUACUAACAAUAACCAUGUUGGAAUCGAUAUCAAUAGCUUGAACUCGGUGGAAAGUUCUCCUGCUGGAUACUGGGACGAGAAAGACCACUUUAAUAAUCUGACUUUGAUCAGUCAUAAACGUAUGCAGGUUUGGGUCGAUUACGAUGGUCAUAGCCAUCGAAUCGAUGUGACGAUGGCUCCCUUCGGCGAGAAUAAACCUAGAAAACCGCUUGUUUCUACCGUCAGAGAUCUGUCUUCCGUUCUUUUGCAAGAAAUGUUCGUAGGGUUCUCGUCUGCGACCGGUAAUAUUGUGUCCGAAAUUUUUGUUCUUGGGUGGAGUUUCAGGGUGAACGGGGAAGCUCAGCCAUUGGCCUUAUCGAAACUUCCGAGAUUGCCUGUUUGGGAUCCAAAACCCACGAGAGUCUACAGAUUUUACAAGAACUGGGUGCCGUUGAUUUCCCUCUUGUUGAUUCCCCUCUUGCUUGUUAUCUUCCUCGUGCGCUUCAUCCUGAGGAGGAGGAGAAAGUUCGCAGAGGAGCUCGAAGAAUGGGAAACAGAGUUCGGGAAGAACCGACUAAGGUUCAAGGAGUUGUAUUAUGCCACAAAAGGGUUCAAGGAUAAGAACCUUCUUGGAUCAGGCGGGUUCGGGAGAGUUUACAAAGGUUUCAUGCCCAAGAUGAAGAAGGAGAUUGCCGUGAAAAGAGUCUCGAACGAAUCCAGACAGGGGCUAAAAGAGUUUGUGGCUGAGAUCGUGAGUAUUGGACAGAUGAGUCACCGGAACUUAGUCCCUCUCGUGGGUUAUUGCCGCCGGAGAGACGAGCUUCUUCUGGUGUACGAUUACAUGCCCAAUGGAAGUUUAGACAAGUAUUUGUAUAACCGUCCAGAGGUAACCCUCAAUUGGAAACAAAGGUUUAAAGUCAUUAAUGGUGUGGCCUCUGCCUUAUUCUACCUCCACGAGGAAUGGGAACAAGUGGUGAUUCACCGCGAUGUCAAAGCCAGCAACGUCUUAUUAGACGCGGAGCUCAAUGGGAGACUCGGGGAUUUCGGUUUAGCUCAGUUGUGUGAUCACGGGUCUGAUCCUCAAACCACGCACAUUGUUGGAACUUGGGGAUACGUAGCCCCCGAUCACAUCAGGACAGGACGGGCCACGACCGGUACUGAUGUUUUUGCAUUUGGGGUGCUCCUACUAGAAGUGGCAUGCGGUAGACGUCCUAUCGAGAUUGAUAACGAGACUGGUGAGAGGGUCGUGCUCGUGGAUAGGGUUCUUAGGUUUUGGAUGGAGGGAAACAUCUUGGACGCUAAGGAUCCGAAUCUAGGGUAUGAGUAUGACCAAAAAGAGGUCGAAAUGGUUUUGAAGCUAGGUUUGUUGUGCUCUCACCCCGAUCCACAAGCUAGACCAAGUAUCAGACAGGUGCUGCAUUAUCUAAGGGGAGAAGCAAUGUUACCAAAUUUGUCACCGUUGGACUUGCGUGGGAAUGGGAUGAUGUUGGGAAUCCAUCACGGAUCUAGUGAGUCAGGCAUGUUUACCAGUGGAUCUUCAGUUGCUUAUUCUCUACUCUCUGGCGGGAGGUGAUUUUCGUAUAUCAUAACGUUUUUAGAAUUUAAUUAUCUGCAAAAGAUAGAGUUUGUACGUACUUAUUAAUUCUUAUUGAUGUUCCAUUAAAGCGUGUGGUUAUCGAAGUAUAAUUAUGUAUCCACUUAUAAAUAUUUAGAGAUAUAUUUUCUUGGCUGA